AAUGAUGUUGCCUAAUGCACACACAAGCUUUCAGGUAAUAUCCAUAGCUGUCCACAUUGUUUGUUGCAAGUGAUUCUUACACCAAAACUAAUAUGAAACAAACAACAACAAUUCAUUAUAAAUUUCAGUCCCAACAAUUUGAUAAAGGAAAAGAAAAUCCAUUGUGCCUUAUACAGAAUGCAGCAUUCUAGUAACGCAUGAUUUACAAGGAGUCAUAGCUUCCUAAUUUCUGUUAGAAACAAUGCACCGACUGGGCUUCAAAUAUUAUCUAGUUUGAUAUUCUACCAUCAUCGCCAUUUAUUUCUGGAACUGUAGUUAACAUGGAUUCUCCACUUCAUCAGAUUGAUAUAUCAAAAUUGAUUUUGAAUAGGAAGCUGUUCCUGGUAUGGAUUCUGGUGGUUUUCCUUCCCUUUGCACUGGUGAUUACCAUUUUCAGUUCACCCAAUUUAUUCUUGAUAGAGGGAAUUACAGGCAUCUCUGGAGUAGACCAGACAUCGACAUUCAGUUCUGUUAUAUUUAGUGGUGGUCCGGAAAAUCUUGCACCUCAACCCAUGUUGGUUUUGCCCAUUCAAUUACAGAAAGCAGAUGCCAGUGCCAUGCAUUCCUUACUUCUCAAUGAUGGGAUGAACAAGGCAAGUAGCUUUGAGAACAUAAGUCAAAUCAAACAGAUAAAAGUAAAUGAUGGUGAAGGCAAAGCUUCAAAGAGCAAUCAAUCAGGAAAGUGCAACCUUUUUAAAGGAAAGUGGGUCCAUGAUCCAGAGGGACCUCUUUAUACAAAUGAGACCUGUGCUCACAUUCAAGGUCACCAAAAUUGCAUGAGGAAUGGUCGUCCUGACAAGGAAUACUUAUACUGGAGAUGGAAACCAAAUGGCUGCGACCUUCCACGAUUCAAUGCUACAUUGUUCUUAGAAUUAGUUAGAGGGAAAGUGUGGGCUUUUGUGGGUGAUUCAGUAGCCCGUAACCAGAUGCAAUCUCUUUUGUGCAUGCUUUCUAAGGUUGAACAUCCAAACAACACUUAUAAAGAUAAAGAUAAUAUAUUUGUACACUGGUAUUUUCCAUCAUAUAACUUUACACUGAUGGUUCUAUGGUCACCGUAUCUUGUAAAAGUAACAAAGGAAGAGUUUAAGGGAGUGCCUAGUGGAGUUGUAAAGCUCCACCUAGAUGUUUUAGACCCAGAAUGGGUGACUUUGCUACCAAAUACAGAUGCCCUUGUUCUCUCCACUGGGCACUGGUUUCUACAGUCAGGUGUCUACAUUAUGAAAGAUGAGGUAGUAGGUUGCCACAAUUGUCAAGGAGUCAAUGCUACACAGUUGGGCUUCUAUUUUGCAUUCAGACAUGCUAUUAGAGCUGCACUUGAAGGAAUCAAUUUACUGCCAGGAUUCCAAGGAAUUGCUUUUCUGCAAACCUUCACAGUAGAUCAUUUUGAGAAUGGUCAAUGGUCCAACGGAGGCACAUGCAAUAGAACUGAGCCCUACAAAAAGGGUGAGGUUAAGCUUGAUGGUGUUAAUAAAGAGAUGCACAAGAUAGUUAUAGAGGAGUUUAAAAAUGGAACAAAGGAAGAAGCUCCUAAUGGAGCCAUAAUAAAGCUGAUGGACAUUACGUACUGUGGUCUAUUAAGACCGGAUGGGCAUCCAGGCAAAUAUAGAGACCUCGAUUUCUUGUCAGCAAACAAAGCUAAUCAGCCUGUUCCAAAUGACUGUCUGCAUUGGUGCUUGCCAGGCCCAAUUGAUGCAUGGAAUGAAAUUUUAUUUAUGAAGCUCAAGGAACUUUAAUCAGUUUUCUGAGCAUUCAAUAUCUUUAGACAUAUUGUGUAGGAUUAUUUCAAUAUGAUUUUGUAUUAGGGGUCGUAAAAAUAUUCAAUGUAGGUCUUAAGGUGUGAGCCUAAAGGCACUUUAAAUUGUAAUCUCAUUUAAGGAGCUUCUUUUGUUCCAUUUUUGAACAGUUCUACAACAGUUUAAACAGAGGCCUAUUGAUUCAAUAUAUUAGGAGAUUUGCAAAUCUAGAAUUAUACAUU